ACGGUCACACUUAUCACACCGACACGUGCUGCUUGCGAAGUUUUGUUUUGCUUUUCCUUGUUUUUCAUGUGAGAAUUUUCCAACAGAAUGGCGGAGCCGAGCAGAAAGAUUAAGUUCCUGGUGGCGGACACCACAGCCUUCAUCAACGCCGUGCCCCUGAACGAAUAUGCCGAGCAGGUGCUCACAGUGCCCGACGUUGUGGCCGAGGUGCGCAACAGGCGACAGAUCCGACGCCUCUGCGUCCUACCCUUCGACCUGCAGGUGCGGGAGCCGCGUCCAGAGAGCGUCAAGCAUUGCGUGGAGUUCGCCAAGCGGACCGGUGACUACGCCAGUCUCUCGGGCAUCGAUCUGAAAGUCAUCUCGCUCACCUACGAGCUGGAGGCAGACACCGUGGGCACUGCCCAUCUGCGAACUGAGCCGAUAAUGGCACAGACUAUCGCCUCCAAGGAGAAACCCGCCGAGAUGGUGGAUGCGAGCAAUAAGCGUUUGGUGGGCUGGUAUAUGCGAGGUGAGGAAGAGUCCGAUGAGGAAGAGGACGAGGAGGGAGAGGAGGAGGCUUCCGAGGAGGAAGAUGAGGCUGUUGAGGAGAAAGCAGAGCAGGAGGAAGAGGAAACCCCAGCUGUGGACAACGUGAAAGCCGCCAUUGAAGCCCAGUUGGCGGGCAAGGAAGCCCCGGCCAGCCAGUUACUGCAGAGCAGUCAGCCUGAGGAGGAUGAGCCAUCACAGGAAGAGCUGGACAAGCUAUUCGAGCAGCUUAAGUGCGCACCCAGCGCCGAGGAAGAGAAGGAGCUCUCGCAGUUGCUGGUAUCACAGCCGCAGGCGGAAGAAGACGAAGAGCCCGAGGAAGAGGAAAAAAGUCCACAGGCAGAGGAUGAUGUGGGUGACGAUGGCUGGAUCACACACUCCAACAUCAAAAAGGCCAAGAAAGCGCUGGAGGGGAAGGUGGAGACCGAUGAAGUGCCACCCGUGGCCUGCAUGACCACGGAUUACGCCCUGCAGAACGUCCUCAAGCAGCUCAAUCUCCAUUUGGCCGCUCUCAACGGCCGGAUUAUCAAGCAGCUGCGCACAUAUAUCCUUCGCUGCUACGCCUGCUACAAGACCACCAGCAUUAUGACCAAGGUCUUCUGUCCCAAUUGCGGCAACAAGACACUGAAGCGUGUGGCCGUCAGCCUGGACGAGAACGGUCGCCAGGUGAUACACAUCAACACGCGAAGGCCGCUGACCAACAAAUACAAGAACCAGAGCCUGCCGCGUUUCCAGGGUGGCAAGCAUUCACGGAAUCCCAUUCUCUUUGAGGAUCAGCCAAUGCCCCGACAAAUGCCAUCGCGUGUGGCCAAGACCAAGACGAACGCUCUGAAUGAGGACUACACUGCCGGCUUCUCGCCUUUUGUGCUGCGCGACGUGGACUCCAAGUCGGCCAUGCUGCGCUCCAAGGGCAACCUCAAGGAAUGGGCCAGGAACAACAACUUUGAGGAGGAUCGCAGGCGCAAGAACUACAAUCGUUUGUACAAAUAGAUAUUUUAUGGGAUAUAACAUGUAAUAAUAUAU